GGACACUGGAUCGCCAUCCAACAUAAAUAGUUGGCAUCUUCGCUGGGCCAGUACACUCACCAUGGAUCUGCUCAAGAGGCACCUGCUGCUCCUGGCCAUCGGAGCUUACCUGUGCGCCUGCGUCCAGGCCACGAUUACCAUCCAGAAAGUCAAGCCAGCUCUCCCGGAUCCCAGCCAGCUGCUGGCCAAGCUACCGCCAAAGCCGGACUUCCUCAAGGAUCCCUCUAAAUUACUGGCCAAGAUCGCGCAAUCCAAGCCACCUCUCCCGGAUCCCAGCCAGCUGCUCGCCAAACUGCCGCCCAAGCCCGCCUUCCUCAAGGAUCCCAGCCAGCUGCUCUCCAAGUUUGUGAAACCUAAGCCCGUGUUUAUAAAGCCGGUGAUUGUGAAGCCGGUGGUGGUGAUCAAGCCCGUGGCGGUUGGUGGUGGUGGUGGUGGAGGGGGUCACGGCCACGGACAUCAGGGACAUCAUGGACACCAUGGCAAGAACUAG